GCUGCCCGGCGCACCCGGCGCGGGGCUCGCUGCGGGGCUCGAGCCAGGCCGGGCGGCUUGCAGACCCCGCGCGCCGGGCGCCGAUGGCCGGCCGCUCCCUGGGGCAGGCGGUCGCCACCGUGUCGCUCUCAGUGGCCCUCGCGUCCCUGACUGUGCGGUCCUCAGGCUGCCGCGGCGUCCCCGCGUCCAGGAACUCAUUUCCAUCCUGUGGAUUUCACCUUAACGCCAACAUCAUGUCUGGUUCUAAUGAUGCCAAAGACAAUUCCCACAACAAGGCUCGGACAUCUCCUUACCCGGGUUCGAAAGUUGAACGGAGUCAGGUUCCCAAUGAGAAGGUGGGCUGGCUCGUUGAGUGGCAGGACUAUAACCCGGUGGAGUACACUGCAGUCUCUGUCUUGGCUGGCCCCAGGUGGGCGGAUCCUCAGAUCAGUGAAAGCAACUUUUCUCCCAAAUUCAAUGAAAAGGAUGGGCACGUGGAGAGAAAGAGCCAGAACGGCCUGUACGAGAUCGAGAACGGGAGACCCAGAAAUCCUGCAGGAAGGACAGGACUGGUUGGCCGGGGUCUUUUGGGGAGAUGGGGCCCAAAUCAUGCUGCAGAUCCCAUUAUAACCAGGUGGAAAAGGGAUGAGAGCGGUAAUAAAAUCACACAUCCUGUCUCCGGGAAAUGCAUCUUACAGUUUGUUGCAAUAAAAAGGAAAGACUGUGGAGAGUGGGCAAUUCCGGGGGGGAUGGUAGACCCCGGAGAGAAGAUCAGUGCCACACUGAAGAGGGAGUUUGGUGAGGAAGCCCUGAACUCCUUACAGAAGUCCAGUGCUGAGAAGAGAGAGAUCGAGGAGAAGCUGCACACGCUCUUCAGCCAGGAGCAUCUCGUGAUAUAUAAGGGGUAUGUUGACGAUCCUCGGAACACUGAUAAUGCGUGGAUGGAGACCGAGGCUGUGAACUACCACGAUGAGACAGGGGAAACCAUGGACAACCUCACCCUGGAGGCCGGGGACGAUGCCGGGAAGGUGAAGUGGGUUGACAUCAGCGAUCAGCUCAAGCUUUAUGCCAGCCACUCCCAGUUCAUCAAACUCGUGGCGGAGAAGAGGGAUGCGCACUGGAGCGAGGACCCUGCCGCUGACAACCGUGGGCUGUAGCUCGUUCCCGUGAGCCAGAGGCAUUCUGGGAGUGCUACAGCCAUCCAGCCGUCAGGGACACAGAACUGACUCCACAGAGGACACUCGGGAAGGUCUGCAACCAGGUAAAAUGAGCGAGUACGAUGAAGAACACUGAACUUUCAGCUUUCUUCUCAAAGGACUAGAUCUCCAGAUUUUGUAUGUAUUUAAGCAUGGCUGAACAAAAUUUAAAUAACAAGCGGUCUUUAGAGAAUUGUAGUUACAAUAAAAAUUUAAAAACCCAA